AUCGAUUCAAUCGUUACGAAAUUUUACGUACGUCUUCUAUACACUAAUAUGAGUCAAUAUACCGAAGAUGAUAUUUAUCGAGCUCUUCAAGCAAUAGCUACCGGUCAAAGCCUCCGAAAAGCAGCAUAUGAGCAUGGUGUCCCAAGGUCUACUCUUUCACGACGGAUUCAGGGAGCCCAGUCAAGAGAUAUAGCCUUUUCUGACUACCAGAGGCUCUCUCCAGCCCAGGAAUCCUAUCUGGCUGAUGUGAAGGUCAACCCUCGCAGACUCACUACAACCAGGUGACUUACAGCUGGAACACCUGCCAUGGCAGUGCCAGAUGGGAAGCC